AUGGAGCAGACUAAUAAGGAGCACAGGAAAUCUAAAGAGAAGAAUACCGCUAAGAAGAAGCUGCAUACGCAGGGCCACAAUGCCAAGGCUUUCGCGGUAUCCGCGCCCGGCAAGAUGGCAAGAACCAUGCAGAGGUCAAGCGAUGUCAACGAGCGGAAGCUGCAUGUGCCCAUGGUAGACAGAACCCCUGACGACGAUCCUCCACCGGUAAUCGUCUCUGUGGUUGGUCCUCCAGGUACAGGUAAGACCACUUUGAUUAAGUCUCUGGUCAGGAGAAUGACAAAGACAACACUGUCGGAGAUAAAUGGUCCUGUGACCGUGGUUUCCGGCAAACACAGAAGACUGACGUUCUUGGAGUGUCCUGCCGAUGACUUAAACUCCAUGAUUGAUGUGGCCAAGAUCUCUGAUCUUGUCCUACUAAUGAUCGAUGGUAACUUUGGGUUCGAAAUGGAAACAAUGGAGUUCUUGAACUUGGCUCAACACCAUGGUAUGCCCCGUGUUCUGGGUGUGGCUACACAUUUAGAUUUAUUCAAGUCUCAAUCAACUCUAAGAGCCUCAAAGAAGAGAUUGAAACAUAGAUUCUGGACAGAAGUUUACCAAGGUGCUAAGCUUUUCUAUCUAUCCGGUGUUCUGAACGGUAGAUACCCAGACCGUGAAAUUUUGAACCUUUCCAGAUUUAUCUCAGUGAUGAAGUUUAGACCUCUAAAGUGGAGAAAUGAGCAUCCAUACAUGCUUGCUGACAGAAUUACAGACUUAACUCACCCAGAUUUAAUAGAGAGAAAGGGUAAAAAAGUGGAUAGAAAAGUAGCCUUAUAUGGUUACUUGCAUGGUACUCAAUUAUCCUCUGUUCCAGGCCAAAGAGUUCACGUAGCUGGUGUCGGUGAUUUAACUGUGGCCCAAGUUGAAAAGCUACCUGACCCAUGUCCUACUCCAUACUACCAACAAAAAUUGGAUGAGUAUGAAAGAGAAAAGAUGAAAGAAGAGGCUGCUGCAACUGGCCAAAUUACUAGUACAACUACGAGAAGACGUAAGAGAUUGGAUGAUAAAGAUAAAUUAAUUUAUGCUCCAAUGUCUGAUGUCGGUGGGUUACUAAUGGAUAAGGACGCUGUGUAUAUAGAUGUUGGUAAGAAGAAAGAUAGUUUAAGCUUUGUUCCAGGUCAAGAGAAGGGAGAGGGUGAAAAAAUGGUCACUUCUCUUCAACAAACGGACAAGACAAUUGCAGAGAAGUUUGAAGGUGUUGGUCUUCAAUUGUUCAGCAACAGUACAGAACUCCAUGGUGUUGAAGAAGAAGAAGAAGAAGAAAACGACGACGAUAAUAUGGACGAAGAAAUGUCUGAUAAUGAAAACGGCGUCCAAGACCAAGGUAGAACUUCAUUAAGAGCACCUAGAUUGUACGGUAAAUCUAUUCAACAGAAAGACGAUGAGAUCGAUAAUUUACCAAGUGAUGAUGAGCUUGAAGAAAAUGAAGAUGCAGAGCCUAAACUUGUCGAAAUUGACUUUGAUGAAAAGUCUCACACUAAGGAAAAACUAGCACUUGAUUCAGAUUCUGAGUUCGAGCUUUCCGAUGAUGACUCCUGGGAAAGAAAGGCUGCAGGAAAACUAAAUGGAACUAUUCAAAAAAAACGUGUGUGGGAUAUUGGUAAACUGAUUUACAUGGACAAUAUCACUCCUGAUGAAUGUAUAAAGAGAUGGAAGAAUGAAGACACUAGUGAUGAUGAAGAAGAAGACAUCGAGGCAGACGAAGACGAAGAAUUUUUUAAGAAAGCAGAGGCAAAAGAACAAACUAGCGCUGAGGCUGAUCUGGAAAAAUUUGUUCCAUAUUUCGAAAAGAUUGAAAAGCUGGUUACCAAAUGGUCUUCAUUCGAUGCUAUUAGCGACAGAUUUGUUGGUGCACCACAACUUGACGGUAAGAAAAACUCAACUGAUUCUGCCAAUGGGGAUGACGAUGAAGAAGAAGUGUAUGGUGACUUUGAAGAUUUAGAAGCUGAUGGUGAUUCUGAUAAAGAAAAAUCCGACGAGAAUAACGAAGAAGAAGUUGAAUCAGAUGGCUCGUUUACUAAUUUUGAUGCAGAAGAAAAGAAGGAACUGACAAUUGAGGAAGAAAGACAACUAAAUGCAGCAAAGAAGGAGAAAUUGAGAACUCAAUUUGAAAUGGAAGAAGGUGAAAACUUCAAAGAAGACGAUCCGGAUAAUGAGUUUGAUACAUGGUAUGAACUUCAAAAAGCUAAGAUAGCAAAACAACUGGAGAUCAAUGAGAAGGAGCUUCAAGAUAUGACUCCUGAGCAAAGACUGAGAAUAGAAGGUUAUAAAGCUGGUUCUUAUGUACGUGUGGUUUUUGAAGAUGUACCAAUGGAAUUUAUUGAAUCAUUUAAUCCAAGAUUCCCUGUCAUUAUGGGUGGUUUGUUGCCUACAGAACAAAAGUUUGGUAUUGUCAAUGCAAGAUUAAGAAGACACCGUUGGCAUAAAAAGAUCUUAAAGACUCAUGACCCAUUAGUUAUGUCAUUAGGCUGGAGAAGAUUCCAAACAUUACCUGUAUAUACAACUUCUGACUCUCGGACAAGAAUCAGAAUGUUAAAAUACACACCUGAGCAUACUUAUUGUAAUGCAUACUUCUACGGGCCUUUAUGUUCACCAAAUACACCAUUCUGUGGUGUUCAAAUUGUUGCCAACAGUGAUACUACUGGUAAUUUCCGUAUUUCUGCAACUGGUGUUGUGGAGGAGAUUGAUGUUGAUGUCGAAAUCGUAAAGAAGUUGAAAUUGGUUGGUUUCCCAUAUAAGAUUUUCAAGAACACUGCAUUUAUUAAAGAUAUGUUUUCAAGCGCUAUGGAAGUUGCAAGAUUUGAAGGUGCUCAAAUCAAAACAGUUUCAGGUAUUAGAGGUGAAAUUAAACGUGCACUAUCAAAGCCAGAUGGCCAUUUCAGAGCUGCAUUCGAAGAUAAGAUUUUGAUGAGUGAUAUUGUGAUUUUGAGAUCAUGGUAUCCUGUUAAAGUUAAAAGAUUCUAUAAUCCAGUUACUUCCUUAUUACUCUCAAACAAAACUGAAUGGAAGGGUGUGAGAUUAACGGGACAAAUUAGAGCUGCAGAAGGUGUUGCAACACCUGUAAACCCAGACAGUAACUAUAAGAAGAUUGAAAGAGUUGAAAGACAUUUCAAUGGUUUGAAGGUUCCAAAGACUAUUCAAAAAGACCUGCCAUUCAAGUCUCAAAUACAUCAAAUGAAGCCUCAGAAGAAGAAGACCUACAUGGCUAAGAGAGCAGUUAUCCUUGGUGGUGACGAAAAGAAAGCUCGUUCUUUUGUGCAAAAAGUAUUGACAGUAUCAAAAGCUAAGGAAGAAAAGAGGCAAUCUAAAAAGUCCGACCAAAGGAAGGAAAGGCUAAAGAAGCUAGCUAAACUGGAAGAAGAGAAAAGUCAAAAAGAUAAAGAAAAGAAGAAAGAAUUUUUCAGUAAGUAUGGUAAGAAGCGUUCAAAUGCUAAUGAUGAUGGUGACUUCAAGGCGAAAAAAUCCAGAAAGUAA